AUGGCGAUGGAAACCAACCUCCUCCAAAUCCCAUUCCUCUAUUCGAAAUCAUCUUCAUCCUCCUCACCUAUCCUUUCUCUCACAAAACCCCACCUCCAGAUUUUCAUCCGCUCUCAGCCUCAUCGUCUCCGAUCACUCACAGUUACUCCCAUCAACAGCAGCAGUAGCAGCGACGUGCCGCCUCCGGUUCCGCCCCCAGUGACGCCGCCUGAGACCGUGGAAAUCCGGUUUCGAAGAGGAUCGAAAAAACGGAGACAGAUGCAACAGCAGGAUGGUGGAGUAGCUAACAAGGCAGCAGAAGCUUCUUCUACUACACCUCCUCCUAAAGAUUGGAAGGACAUGAGCAUUACAGAGAAGGCGAUAGAGCUGUACGUGGGAGAGAAGGGUGCGCUCUUCUGGCUCAACAAGUUUGCCUACGCUUCCAUUUUCAUUGUGAUCGGUGCUUGGAUACUCUUCCGCUUUGUGGGUCCUGCCCUCAACCUUUACCAGCUGGAUUCUGCUCCUCUCUCUCCUUCCUCCUUGUUCAAGGGCUCCUGAUUCAUCUCCACCGUCCUUAGGUCUGUGUUUUUGUAUAAAUAGAAGUUUUUCUUUAUAGGUCAGAGACGCCAUCAAUGAAAUAUGAUUAGGGGUACCAGGAUUAUCCUAUUAGCUCCAUCAACAUGCAAUCCAACUACAAGGGCAAACCCUCUUAUACAGAUUUUGAGGCAUUUUGAUAA